GUACCGAGGGUGGAAAUGUUCGCGGCGGAAGUGGUAGCUGCGCAAGUUGUGGGUGGAAUGACUGCGGGCCGGCUCCUUCGAAGGCUGUUGCGAGCACCUUCCAGCUCCAUGGCUCGGAGCGCAGUCCGUGGCGUGUGCCCCUCCAGGGGCUUGCACGCGGAGUGCGGGCCUCGAAGGCUCUCCAUCGAAGGAAAUAUUGCCGUGGGAAAGUCCACCUUUGUGAAGUUACUCACGAAAACUUACCCCGAGUGGCACAUAGCUCCAGAGCCUGUAGCGACAUGGCAGAGUGUCCAGGCUGCUGGCACCCAAAAAGCCUUCACUGCCCAGAGUCUUGGAAACUUGCUGGAUAUGAUGUACCAGGAGCCAGCUCGAUGGUCCUACACAUUCCAGACGUUUUCUUUUAUGAGCCGCCUGAAAGUACAGCUGGAGCCCUUUCCUGAGAAACUGUUACAGGCCAGGAAGGCGGUACAGAUCUUCGAGAGGUCCGUGUACAGUGACAGGUAUAUCUUUGCGAAGAAUCUUUUUGAAAAUGGUUCCCUCAGUGACAUCGAAUGGUAUAUCUAUCAAGAUUGGCAUUCUUUUCUCCUGCGGGAGUUUGCUGGCCGGCUGAGAUUACAUGGCUUCAUCUACCUCCAGGCUACUCCCCAGGUUUGUUUGAAGAGACUCCACCAGAGGGCCAGGAAAGAGGAGAAGGGAGUUGAGCUGGCGUAUCUGGAGCAGCUUCAUGGUCAGCACGAAGCCUGGCUUGUUCACAAGACAACUGAGCUCCACUUUGAGGCUCUGCUGAACAUUCCAGUGCUGGUGUUGGAUGUCAAUGAAGAUUUUUCUGAAGAAGUAACCAAACAAGAGGAACUCAUGAAAAAGGUAAACACCUUUGUAAAGAAUCUGUAACCAGUACUGGGAUGUUCUGGCCAUGACCUGGGCUCUCUGACUUUCUAAAGCUGGAAAAAUCCUAAGUCCUGUACCUUGCCAUCUCCUUUUACCCCUAGAGUCCUCUGACCCUCGGGUCCCUGGUUUGUGUUAGUCUUUGACUUUGCAAUUCCCGUCUUUUAUAUCUCAAGGACUUCUAAAAUAAAGUGGAAGUUUUGCUUCUUUUGCUAA